GUCGUGCAAUUUAUGGGUGUGUGCACCACAAAAAUGCAUAUUUAUAUGCAAUAAAAAUUUAAAAGUUAGAAAAAAGCCAAACUAAGGCAAGAAUUUUUUAAAGUAUUUCGGUGCAUAAGUUACAAACAUUGGUCAAAAUGUUUCGAAUUGAAUCCUACGUUACACCCGUAAUAAUGGAAUACGUGGCAAAGUAUGUGAAGAACAUACGUCCCGAGGAUAUGCAACUCUCUCUAUGGGAAGGUGAAGCCACGUUACAAAAUCUAGAUUUGCGUUUGGACGUGCUGGAAGAGGAGCUGCAAUUACCAUGCGAGUUUUUAUCAGGACACGUACAUGAAUUGACCAUACGUGUGCCCUGGACAAAGAUCACAUCUGAACCGAUUCGUAUUAUAAUCAAUACAAUUGAGUUUGUACUCAAGUUAAGGCGCGAUAAACCAGAUGAUGUAUCCUCAGCAAGUUCGUCACCGCAACGCAAGGCUGGUGAGACUACCAAAAGACGCAGACGUUCAGAAGAUCAACAGCCGACGCAACAAACACCUGGCUCUGGUAUAGUUAACAAAAUAAUUAACAACAUUAGCUUGGAGUGCCAAAAUAUAAUUUUAAAGUAUGUGGAAGAUGAUAUUGUCGUAUCCAUGAAUGUGCAGCUUUUGCAAUUUGGCGCAGCUGACGAGCGUUGGAAAAUGACCAUGACCGAUGUCCAUCCUGUUAAAGUUUUAAUGCGCAAAUUAGUUAAAGUCUCUGAUCUCACAAUAUGCAUAGACAAAAGAAAUUCUGCGGGACACAUUGAGGUGUGUCAGGAGCCCAUUUUAUACAGGUGUUCGUUUGAGGUGCGCAUUUUGCGUAAAUAUAAUACAAAUACCAUGACAACAACGAGUCUCACGCGCAUUGGAAUUUUUACCAAAUCAAUGGACGUUAAUAUCACGUCUAUGCAGUUUCCAAUGAUUAUGCGCCUUAUAGAUAUAACGAGAGAAUUCGGGCGAAACAGUUCUAAAAACUUGACAACCGAACAGGAAGAUGUGAUCAUCGACCAGGAGAAUGAAGUUGCUAGCCGGGAUUCAUUUUUGUUAUGGGCUUGGAAUAAACUGCCAACACUAUCUUUUGAGCCGCCUGUUUUCGAAGAACCCAAUGUCGAAGAGAUAUCUGGUCAUUUAAGAGACAUUGGUUUAUACCUGGAAGAGUUGAAUGUCACGCUGAAAAACUCCGAAUUAAUAGUUGACACUUUCGUUAGCAAUACAAAACGUAUUAAAUAUACACCUAUUGUGCGGCUAACCCUAGGCGGCUUAUACUUUGAAAAAGUUUCGUGUGAAGACCAAAAUUGGCGAAGCAUGAAAUCAGGCAUCUCCUAUUUAAUAGUCGAUCCGUUGGGCUCCUACAAAAUUGAUGACAUUUCGGAAGCGGCAUUGAUUACUAGUUCUUCUUUGGAAAAGCUAACUGGUUUUAUGGAGAGCAGUUUAUUCGACGAGAAGAUUACAACUAUGGACAACAAGGUGUGCAUUAAUUACAACGAAUAUAUGUCGACAUAUACAGAUGAGUAUUUACUUAAUCGCACACCGAUUAUUGCUUUUGAUUCCGUCGAAUAUAAUACAACAAAAGUGCGUGAUAACAGACAACCGGAGCACGAAGCAGCAGCACAAACUAUUAAGGACACACAUCUUGCUUAUCGUGUGCUAUCUUCCGGUCUCACAUUCCGGUGGAAUCAAUCAUUUCGACAGGUUAAACAAACAAUACAAGAUUUAAUUGAUUCUUACGAUUAUUCAGGCUAUCAUGUAGACCAAUUAGAAACACCAGUUCAAAGCAACACAAACAUAUCGAAACUGCCACCACCGCUUAUGGAGGACUACGAUGAGCUUAUGGAGCACAUACCAAUUUGUAUCUAUAAAUUCGAUUUGAAAAAUAUCAACUUUGAGAUUUACACCAGCACAGAAGCAACAACAGCAACCCAAAAGCACACACACAAUCGGUUGCCGAGCGCUUUAAAGCUAGCAUUGCCCUAUUUCUUGGUACAUAUCAGACAUCUGGAUGGCACACUUUGCAAACCGUUACAUGUCGACAAACUUGUGCACACUACAUGCCAAUUGCCAGAGAAACCGCAUAUGCUACUUGACGCCUGCCAUGACAAUUACGCUUUACGCAUGUCACAACUUUCUGUAUCGAUGGUGAACCGAAUGCGCAAAACUACAGUUAGACUGAUGCAUAUACCACACCUGCAAUUGACUUAUUCCGAUCUUUUGCAAAAGCAUAACUGGAAGGAAGACAUACUAAUACCGCUAAGAAAAUUAGAUUUGCAUUUUGAACUUAUCCAUAUUGAUUUCAAUAAACGCAAUUUAAUAAUUGCUCAGCGUCUAUUAAAUUGUGUACUUAGCUAUCGGCCAUAUUUACUGUGGAAAGUAGCAAAUCAAUCGAUGCAAAUAAUAAAAAAUGAAAGCGAACCAACACUACAUACCGAAAUCAGAGACCUACGCGUCGAAUUCCAAUGCUUUCAAAGUUAUAAUACGGGGUAUAUGGAACUCUACAGAUUGCUCUCCCAUGUGGUGACCUACACCGACCACUGUCGAACCAAACAUUUAUUGUUGGACUCCGAAAGAGGUAAUAAGCCAAAAAAGUGGCUCAUGGCUAGUGUACAAAUGAAUCCGGAAGGCAUACAAACCGCGGCAAAUAAAAAAGAAGCGCUCGUCGCGCUAGCAGUUUGGAUCGAACCAAUCGCCAUAUUUGUCGAUGCAACAUUGCUCGAAUUCCUCAAGUACCAAGAAGAAUAUGAUCAUAAAGUCGAAAAAGAGCCGGCAAGUGAAGUGGAGCUCCACACACAGCAGUAUCAAGCACAAACGCCGUCACAAACACAUGUGAGCAGUAGCCACCCGCCUCGUGUGCAUACAAAUAUUACCAGCAGUGGCACAGGUGCUGCACCGCCACUGAUGCGUCGCUCCUCGCGCAACUCUCUGCCUUCGCGCAAAAUUUCGCAGCCUGAGGAAACGAUACACUUCAGCUCCGAACGCGAUGAAAAAGUGGACUUAGACACUGUAAGCGUUUCCCCGACCACCACCGCUGAGGCAACAACUACUUCAUUAUGGCAACAAAUAAAAUCACUUGUCAUCUGCUUAGAAUUGGGCCACAUCACUCUGAAUAUAGCGGAAAAAAUCAAAUGGUCUAAAGAUAAAGAAGAUUUACUGAAUGAAUACACGCAAAUUCAAUUGCCUAAAUUUUCUAUGCGUUCCACGAACGCUGAAAACUUAUCGCGUACCAAUCUCCAGGAGAAGUUCACCAUAUAUACAGCACCGAAAGACACUAUUAAUUGGGUAAUUGCAUUGUAUGGUUUCAGCUUGAAAAGGUAUAACAGUCUAGAAGUGGACGUUUUGCUGCCAGAUGUUUAUACCACGGCAACAAUUGUUGUUACCCACAAAAAACAAACGGAAGCCAAUAUAACGUCAGUGCCGAUGUCGACACUAAGCUCUGCAUUAGAAAUGCCAAGCGAACUUGUAGCAGAGGCUGUGGCAAAUAAAGACGGAGGAUCCUCUCCGCUACCACCACCAACAGAAGUUAUGAAUUUGCAAACCAGCACUCCAACAACGCAAGCUCAAAGCACAGCCGAGGAAGUAGAUGCAAUAACGGUGCAUGUGGAUACGAUGCCUAUACAUUUUCAUGUGUCCGAAGCUAAGUGUAAGGCGUUACAUACACAUAUGGGUAUUUUGGGUAACGUCAUCAAGCUUAUAGGGCCCAUGGCGACACUAAAUUCCAGCGCACAAAUGCAAAAGGUCCCUCCUCCUAUACGUGUUGUUACUGCAUCUGAAGAAAAUGCGGCAAUAAAACAUUUUUUGGAACUGGAAACUAGUUCAUCGGUGUCCUCAGUAUUUUUAGAGAAGAGAAGUACAGCUGCAUCCACCACGUCAUUUUUCUGCCAAUGGUCCAUCGCUAAGAUAAUUUGUGAAUUGACAGCCAAAGAACGCAAGAGCAAAAUGGUGCUCGAGCUCGAAGAUUUGCUCUCAACCGUUGAUAAACGUGAAGACUUCACCAAAUUUACGGGCAAAGUUGGACAAUGCAAUCUGCUGUACUAUACUCCAGAUGCGGAUGAUGGUUGGAUUGCUCAACCCGGUUUGCGUUUGAAAAUGCUCGGUGAGGUAACCAAUUUGCCGUUUUUGAACUUUGUGUACACGUCAGUGGGUCUUAAGAGCUUCUAUACACGCAUCGGUGUAAAACCGAAAUAUGAUGCCAGUCGCUCUAUAGCCGAAAUUAUAGUCACAAUUCAAGCCAUGGAAAUAAUCAUCGAUGUGGAUAUUUUAAAGGAGUUUGUAGGCUCUUUAGGUAUGCUAUUCGUUGCGAAUGGUUGCAACACAAAUCCCAAAGAAGCGACAGUCACAGAAAUACAAGCGAAUCCACCAACUGCUGCCGACUUACCACUAAUACAUUUGGAUAGCAAAGGUUUUACGUUGUAUACACCUUUGUCAACGAACCGCGAAUGUUGCACAGUGCUCAUAUGGAAGCUUGAGUCGAUGAAGAUAACACCAAAUUUGGAGAAUCCACUACAACGUGCGCCAAUACGACCCGACGUGUACAGCAAGGCCGCUCAACUGGGCUUCCUAAACACACCCGGCUCUUUGGUUGAGGAUCGUCAAUACGAAAUGGUGUUGCUAAAUAUAUCCGUGUCUAGCGGUGAUUGGGAGGAGAUUUUGGAACACAUGGCACAGCAAGCAAAAACUUUUCAACACACGAAUCCAGCGGUUGAGUGGAACACGCAGAAUCGCGAGGCAUCGCCGCAUAUUACGGACAUAUUUACACAUUUCACUUUUAUAGGCAUCUUUGCGCCGUGCAUUGCCUAUAAUAAUGUAUUAAUUUGUGGGCAGGCGCUCGAAUUUAAUUGUGCAUCUGAUUUAGUGGCUACACUCAAUACGGAUCAGCUAUACGCAUUAGGAUUAAUGGCCUACAGCUUAACUAAACUACAGGCCACCGCUGAAAAAAGUGUUUCCAUACGAAAAACCAGCAGCAUACGCUUACAAAAACAAAAAUCAAGUUCCCACCAAAAUGUAUCUGAACAUGUCGGUCCAAACUCAAGCAGCACCCUACAGUGUGGGGAGCUACUCAUUGCACCCACGCAUAAAAACACACGCAACUCUGCGCCAGCCUUUGAACCGAUCGAUGAAAAUACGGAACAAAACGUAAAAGCCGAUUCGGGCAUACACUCGCAAUUAUCGCGCGUGGAACAUCAAUCCACACGCACUGCGUCAACCGAUGCUAAUGGGUGCAAGUUCCCACAAACUGUAUCAUUCAUUGCCGGUACUUUCACAAUAGAUUUAUACCAAGUCAGCGCAGAGCUAUCAAACACCGAUGAGCUACAAGAUAAAUGCAAAAAGAAAGCCUCACUUUUGGUGCCCCUGUUGUCCUUGACCGUGUCGCAACCAAGCUAUAUGUUCACGCAAAAUAUAUACGACAAUACAACGCAGAUGUCAGUAUUCAAUCUAAGUAUACAUUCCAUGCCUACCGCUUCAGCGGAUGCUACCUCUGCUAGCAUGUCUCCUAUUGAAUUUAUCGACACAAGACCAGGUGAAUUGGGGCCAACUGGCAUACCGCCUCCUCUUUUCACCAUACGCAAACACAUAACCAAACAAAAGCUCAUCGAAACAGAUGUGGAAAUAGCCAGGCCAAUAAUCGCAACACUGCAGGAGCAACAGACGGUUGUUCUGAUGCAGAACUCACUAAUCCUGUAUCAAACCAUAUUGCGAAGCGGCUAUCUCAAUCCGCGUUCGUUAAGAGUUGUGCAAAGUGCUUCUAAAAUUAUGCUCAUGCGCAACCAUUUCUACGACUGUGAUCGGCUGCAUGUAAAGUUGGAUAAAGUGAUGGUGCUGAUAAAGCAUACUGGAGAAUACGAGGGCAAACUAGUGUGCGCGGAUAUGCAUCUUAGUGCCACAUUCCUGCAGCGCCCCGAAAAGGCAGUGCUCAAAGCCUCAGUUGGUUCACUGCAUCUGCAGGUGGGCGAAAAGAUAUUCCUCCAUCCGGUUACUAUACGUUCGUCCUUUACUUUUGUCAGCGAACCUUGGUUUUAUUUGCCGCUAGUGAGUGGCACAGUGAAAUUCGACGUACUACAUCUAGAUGUGGAUGUGAGCGGCUUGAAGGAGCUGCAACGCAUACAGCAGGGUUUGGAAAGAUUAACAGUUCGUCUCAAUGAUGAGUGGACGAAUUACUUGCGUAACCGUCCACCAUUAGGUGCACCUUCGGAAGUGUCGGCUGACAACUUGGUACCGUUACCACCCCCUUCUUUCAAAGAAUUCUUAAAAUCACGAAAUAUUAGCAUGAAGAGACUGUCACGCGAGGAAUUUUAUCAGGACGACUUGCGCGCUGGCGCUUUCCAGUUUGUAGAAAUGUCUACAGAUGCUUUUCUGCCGUUGCCUUAUCAAAUUCAAAUAAUUAAGAAGCAUUUCGGCAUCAUUUGCUGGCGCUACCCUCAACCAAGAAAAAUGUGUAAAAUCCAAGUAUUUCCAGUGCCGAUGGCGGUACAGAAACCCAUCAAUAUCCGUUGCCAAAUGGAAUACUUCAGUGAGUCGCACGAAUGUUUCUUGCACUUCAGUGAGUUCUGGCUCUCCGAGACAUCUGCCAAAGAUAUAGUGCUGCCCGAACGCGAAAUUUGUGCCAACAUUUGGCGUGUGGUCAUUAUGCAAUCGUUGGUGGCUGUAAACGGUGAAUGCUUCGAACCCAGCGAGGAGGAGGAGGACAAAAUACCAAGCUUAAAAAUUGAGGACCUCUUCAAGCUCGAAAGCAACGACGCGGACUUUAUUUUACAUCCAAAAGUGCUUGUAGGCUGCAUGCGCAUCGACACUGCUUUUCAGUCGGAGAGUGUGCCCAAACUGCAAAUGCUGCUAUCGUGUGCGUCGCUGCAAGUGAAGUUAUUCAAUCAGGUCAGUGAUGAGUACAAAUUGCCACCAGCACUUGCUGAAUACACACUUGCGCCCACCAAGCAAAUAAGUCAGGCAUUUUUAACUGUACUGCUUGAAAAGCUUAGCAUUCAUGCUGCAUUCAACAGUCCAGAGAUUUACAGCAUCGACAGUAAUCUAAUAAUGAAUGUUAAAUGUCUGGAUUAUGGUUUUUUGAAUAUGCUGCCAGUGCUGGAGGAUGCCAAACUGCAAAGCUAUGUCACUGUAAAUCAGAAAAAACGUUUAUUAAAUAUUAAUGCUGUGCUUGAGAAAUUCCGCAUCAAUAUUGGGCCAUCGAUACUGCACACGCUGCUCUCGUCCAAAGCACACUGGCAGGAGCUGUUCAAAGCGCAUGCGCCGAGUGACUGCCAUGUUCUAUUGCCCAAAUGUAUUGUUGUGAACCGCAUGCAAGCGCUAGUUUCUUUCGGACAAACUGGCACAACCGAGCGCAUCCAACUGCAACCGCUGGAGUGCAGCUUGUACAGCUUCGGCAACGAUGGCAACAGCCAGGAGCUGACUUUCUUCGUUGCAGACAAUGAAACGCGUAUUACCGACGCCUCCCAACCGGUGGCGAUACCUUUUAAAUUCGAUGGUGAACGACUGCUGCAGAGCAUACGUAUCGGUGACAAGUGUCUGAUAAUUGAAUUGCAAAAACUGUCAGCCACUCAAGUGGUUGUGCUCUUGAAAGGUCAAAUCGAGUUGGUGUCUAUGGUUCCACAAGAGUUGCGCGUAGAACUGCGCUUUGAUGAGUCCAAAGACGCGGAAGAAAAGAGAUCGCUGGAGUAUUUGGUUAAAAGCGACGGUUACUCAUCGUUUUAUGCGACUGUGCAACGCACAUCAAAUGUAUUUAUGAGACUGAAAAUGGUGAUGCCAAAGAUUAAAGGUCGUACUGGUGACAUACCCUUAAAGCCGAACAAAAAAUUACCUUGGUUAGUGAAAGUACCCACGACAAAUAACGAAUUCGUUAGCUUCUGGGUUCGGGUGGUACGCGAAGAUAUGUCCGACCUUUGCAACGAAUUAUUCGAACCGCAGCGAAUACUCGUUACAAUUUGGCCAAUAUUUGAGUUGCAAUCACGACUGCCAUGCCCGCUGUCUGCCACAGAGAGUACAACUGGAAAACUAUUUGAAAUCGAACCACGCGGCGGCCGAUUUGCGCUCGAUGUACCGGCCACACAUUUGACUGAGCACAAAAUUGAGUUCAACACCACGUAUCCUUUAAAUUGCGAAUGCGGCACAGAGCAAACUCUUUCGCUAAAAUCCAUGCAGUGGAACACAUUUUUUUGGUAUGAUGAAAAGAACUGGGGCAUUGAUGACGCGCUCCAUAAGCUGAGAGCGGAAACAGCCCCGUCUACGAAAUGGCCAAUCGAUGACGAGGAUGAAUUACGCGUGGAACGCAUGUCACACUGCACCGGCGCUGCAGAUCUUGUCUAUCGUAUUAAACCCGCAAAAGAGUUUUCGUGCACCACAUGUUUGGAAGUAACUGCCUGGGCAAUGUUCAUUAAUGCUACUGGCUUAGAUAUAGGCAUUUGUUUUGGUGAAUCCAAAAUACGAACGACUAUCCAAUCAAAUUGCCUUGAAAUGUUGGGUUUUAUUGGCACAGCCUUCACCAUAGAUUUGCCUUUAGAAAAUGCCGAUUCACCAUGGGUGUGUUCAAUACCAGUUUAUGCUAAUGGCAUCAAUCCAUCGAGUGGCCCUCGUGGCUACGUUUUACCCGACAAUGAUAGCAUAGAUAUAGGGAUAGUACAUGCAGCGGAGGUCUAUAAAUUUGUUUUGGAAUCCAAAAUUGAAAACGAAAAACGCGUAUUUCGACUGCGUCCCAAAUAUGUCGUUGCCAACUUCGCCAAUUGUAAACUUCAGCUAUUAACAUUCGCAAUGGAUCAUAAAGAGAGUGUGCAACGGCAAGCUCUCGAGGAAUUUACCGCCCUAGCUACUAAACUGGAGUUGAACACAGUGCAAUGGUCGGAAAAUUGCAUUGGUCAAACAAUUAAUACAUUCCACGAUUUAAGACCCAAUAAAAAGGCCAAACGUACAAGGGAUACGGCUUACAUUUGCUUUAUCAGCUUAAAAUUGCCCGAUAGCGAUGACUUCUCCAUACCCAUUCCGCUGAGUAUACCUUUUACAAGACGCAGCUUUGCAAUACAAAAUGGGGAGGAAUCUCUGCCAUUAGUUGCCACACUCAUCGAAAAAGAUCGCAUUUACUAUUUGAAUAUAUUUGAAGACAAUAGCCCAGCACUGCUGGUCACCAAUCAAACUGAUGUGCCCUUCAUUAUCGCACAAACGAGCGCAUCGGAAAACAGCAAGGUUUCAAACACUACUCCUGAGUAUAGUGGACGCCACUUCGAGUGGUAUCAGCACGUGCCGGCAUACAGCAAGUGUUACUAUACACCACCGGAGCUUUAUACGAGCUUCCCGGAUGUUGAGUCUACUACGUGCAAUAUCACUCUAGCACUGCAUAAAGAAAAUCCCACAAAGAAAACAUUAAAAUGGUCAAAGCCGAUACGCACCGAUAGAACAUGGGAGAAGUUUCUGUAUAUACCCAACCAUGGCGACGUCAAAGUUAUAGUCUGUGAUAAACAUCGGGUCACACGUAUUUUUGUGUACUACAUAGCUCAGCUAGAGUUUUCUGUAAAAGACCUACGUUCUCGCCUGCUAACAUCGAAGGCUACCACCGACAUUGAGAGCCCGAAUUCAUCACUCUUAUCGAUCUCACCGAGCACUGCCAUUCACGAACCGAUAACUAUGAGCAGCACACCCGCCAAGUGCAGACACUUUUCGAACGAAUGUGAUACGAAAACCCAACUAAAGAUUCGUUGCUUUAUUAAGGAGUUAAUUGUUAGUUUGCACGCCGACGGGAAGAUAAAUAACUGUACGAAAUCUGAAAUCGUCGGUCUGUAUGCCGAUGAUACGUUGAUCGCCUUUGAUGAUGACGACGAUGAUAGAGAAUUGCACUUGUUGUUGCCCAAUUUACAAUUGGAUAAUCAAAAUUACGUGUGCGGUCAAUAUGAUUUUCCUGUGGUGCUGUGCGCACAGGAAUUAUACGAACGGAAGCCGAUUGUGCCGCCGGUGCACUUCCUAGAUCGCACCUAUCAGAAUCUUCGUAAUCGUGGCUUAAUGGCGCAUUUCAGCAUUGGUUUCUUUGAGGAUGAAAUGAAACUGCAUUCCAUUGUGUGCACAUUCAGUCCAAUGCGUAUUUACAUCGAGGACUCGUAUCUUAACUGUUUGCUGGACGCAGUUGUGGAUUGUACGCCUUCAAAUUGUGCUUACCGCUCCGAACUGCCUAGUUCACGUAUCACUCUGGCCAGUGGUGAAUAUCUAUUGCCUCGUGUCAUCGUUGGCCAAGCGAUUUGUAUUGCCGAACCGCUGCAGAUACGCGAGUUUCAAAUUGAGCCACUUAGUGUGCUUCUCUCCGUGCAUACUUCCAUACGACUAUACAUAGCACUUGAUCAUUCGCCGCUCUCAUUUUCCACAUACAACCGUCAACAUAUAUUAACAAUGCCCCUGCGUUUCGGACAGUCGCUAAGCAUGCAUUACCUAUCUGGUGCUAUUUUUGGCGCAGGUUGGGUUGUGGGCUCACUAGAGAUACUCGGUAGCCCUAGUGGUUUAGCACGCUCCUUUACGACAGGCUUGCGGGAUUUCGUUUCGAUGCCAGUAGAGGGACUUUUUCGCGGUCCGUGGGGUUUUAUCAUAGGUGUUACACAAGGCUCAGCUUCUCUUUUGCGAAACGUAACGGCCGGUACAUUGAAUUCAGUGUCAAAGUUGGCUGCGUCUGUUGCACGAAAUCUCGAUCGUCUUACAUUAGAUCAAGAGCAUAUUGAACGUACUGAAGCACUGCGUCGCUGUCGGCCCCACGGUUUCACAGAAGGAUUGGCUCAGGGUGUAACCGGUUUGGGUAUAAGCAUUUUGGGUGCAGUUGGUGGCUUGGCUCGCCACACUCUGGAAGCGCGAUCGCCCGUAGAAGUGAUGACUGGUGUUGGAAAAGGUCUAGUUGGCGCAGUAACAAAGCCUCUAAGUGGUGCGGCGGAAUUGUUAGCACUUACUGGACAAGGUGUACUGCAUACUGUGGGUUUCAACACCAUGCCGGAAUUGCGUGUUCCCAGUAUCUGUGUAAAUAUUAUAACUGAACCGUCAGCAUAUCGUAUUUGGAAAUUGUUACCGGGCACAUUGAGAUCGGACCAAAUCUUAUUUAAUCAUGAGGUGACAUUAGUAACGAAUGAACAAUUGCGACAGGGUUAUGCUCUCCUUACAUCUAGCGUAUUUGCACUUAUGGAGAUGCAGAGUUACAGUUUAAUCUGUGUCGUCCCCAUAGACAAGGUGGAGAUGACAAGUGAUGCGAUGGAUAAAACGCUUUAUUAUAUACAUUUGGUAAAAGAUAAAAAAGGCUCUGACGAGGAGAACUAUACAAACCAGCGUAUUAUGACUUACAUACAUUCCUCAACUUCAUUAAAGAAUGUGCCAACAACAGCUUCUGGUUCACUGAGCGAUUUACUGCAAACCCAUGAGCAUGAGAUGCAAGUAAGCAGACGCAAGCAAACCGACUGGUCAUUCUAUAUUAAUGAAACACUGGGCGAACAUAUUAUUAAGUAUUUGAGAGUAAUGAACAGAAAUUGUUAAUGAAGUAUUUUAAAAAUUGGACAUUAGUGAUGAGCACACACCAAAAUUCGGUUGCGAAAUUUAGGUUAACGUUUUAUGGUUAUCCAACACAUGUUUGUAAAUAUAUACUGAUAUAUCUGUAUUUAAGGUUAGGAAAUUGAUUUCUACAAAUUAUAAGUUAUUUAAAGAAAGUCAUAAUAAAUAUAUUUAAUGCGUUUAUAA